CAACACCCUUUUGCGCUUCAUUCUAGUUGUUCUUCACAAAAUAGAAAGGACACCGUUUUUCUGAAUUCUGAAACAAAAGCAAAGCCCAUGUGAGAGGCGAGGCUUCUCCUUCAAAUAAACCCUAACUUUGAAGUUCGUAGUGCUCUCGUAUUGGCCUGGCAGCUUCCUAUCUUCAAAUCAAAUUAGAAGACAUGCUUUCAUGGUGGAAGGCCCAAGCAUAGGGCUCUGUUUGUUUCUGAGGUGAUGACUCCCUUUCUCUUGUUCUUAUCAGAGCUCUUUCCACAACGGAUUUAGGUUAUCUCAAGGUUUUUGCUGGUAAAGGAAACCUGUAUUGGGAUAAUCAGAGUUUCAAGCCAUUCUAGGGUUUUGACUGGUAUGGGUGCCUGGUUUUGAAGGAUUCACAAGAAUGGAUUUGUUGCAAAGCUAUAAAGAUGACACUUAUGAUUCGAGUCCGUCACAAAGUAACGUAGAUGAUUCCCCCCGUUCUUCUCCUAAUUCAUCUCCAUUAAGGAUUUCCCUACCUUCAAAGAGCUCUGCUCCUAAAGUUGAUGAAACCAUGCUAUCCCUAAAUUUAGUGGACACAGGCAGGCCAUUGCCCAAACCUAUUGAUCCAGUUCAACAUGUGGUGGCCUUUAACCCUACUUAUGAUCAGUUAUGGGCUCCAAUCUAUGGCCCUGCUCACCCCUUUACUAAAGAUGGUUUAGCCCAAGGAAUGAGAAAUCAUAAGCUUGGUUUUGUCGAAAAUGCAGCAAUUGAACCCUUUCUAUUUGAUGACCAAUACAAUACUUUCCAUAAAUAUGGCUAUGCAGCUGAUCCUUCAGGCUAUUCAGGGAGUAAUUAUGUUGGAGACAUUGAAGCCUUGCAGCAAAAUGAUGGAGCUUCAGUUUAUAACAUACCCCAACAUGAGCAAAAGAAGCGCAAACUCGAGAAAAAGGCAUUGCAAAAAGAGGAAGAGCCUGAAAAUGAGGAACGCAAGCCUGAAAUGGAGAACCCAGCUUCUCAAGAAUGGCUUCUGAAGAAUAGGAAGAGCCCAUGGUCUGGAAAGAAGGAAGGGAUCCAAAGUGAACUAACAGAGGAACAAAAGAAAUAUGCGGAAGAGCAUGCUAAUAAAAAGGGCGAGAAGGAGAAGGGGGAGAAGGUUGAAUUCAUUGAUAAAACUACAUUUCAUGGAAAAGAGGAGAGAGAUUAUCAGGGGAGGUCUUGGAUUGCCCCCCCAAAAGAUGCAAAGGCAACAAACGAUCACUGUUAUAUACCCAAAAAGCAUUAUCACACAUGGAGUGGGCACACGAAGGGUGUAUCAGCUAUUCGGUUCUUUCCGAAAGAUGGUCAUCUUCUUCUUUCAGCAAGCAUGGAUACAAAGAUUAAGAUUUGGGAUGUUUUUAAUUCGCGCAAGUGUAUGCGGACAUACAUGGGGCACUCUAAAGCAGUUCGAGAUAUCACAUUUUCGAAUGAUGGGUCAAAAUUUUUGAGCACUGGGUAUGAUAAGAAGAUCAAGUAUUGGGAUACAGAGACUGGUAGUGUUAUAUCCACUUUUUCGACUGGUAAAAUCGCAUAUGUGAUCAAGCUUAACCCUGAUGAAGACAAACAAAAUAUCCUUCUUGCUGGAAUGAGUGACAAGAAGAUAGUGCAAUGGGAUAUGAGAAGUGGAGAGAUCACCCAAGAAUAUGAUCAGCAUCUUGGGGCUGUGAAUACGAUAACAUUUGUGGACAAUAAUCGCCGGUUUGUGACCUCGAGUGAUGAUAAGAGUCUUCGGGUUUGGGAGUUUGGGAUCCCUGUGGUGAUUAAAUACAUAAGUGAGCCUCACAUGCAUUCGAUGCCUUCAAUUUCACUACACCCCAAUUCAAAUUGGUUAGCUGCUCAAAGCUUGGACAAUCAGAUCUUGAUAUAUAGCACGAGAGAGAGGUUUCAGUUGAAUAAGAAGAAGAGAUUUGCUGGUCAUAUUGUGGCAGGUUAUGCUUGCCAAGUGAACUUCUCUCCUGAUGGGCGAUUUGUUAUGUCAGGGGAUGGAGAGGGUCGGUGUUGGUUUUGGGAUUGGAAAAGUUGCAAGGUUUUUAGGACGCUGAAAUGCCAUGAGGGUGUUUGUAUUGGGUGCGAAUGGCACCCAUUGGAGCAGAGUAAGGUCGCUACUUGUGGAUGGGAUGGAAUGAUUAAGUAUUGGGAUUAGUCGAUGAUUGGAUCUGAACUUGUGGUAACACCAAGGCCCCAUGCCUGUGCCCAUCAUGUAUUUUCAGAACUUCCAUGAUCUCAUCUGGAGAAAUGUAGGGACAUAUUGUGGCUGCAGCAAAGAAUUACAGCACAAGUAUGCCAGUUAUUGAAUGUUAAUGCUAUAUGUACGCCACUGGCGUUAUAAUACUAUAUGGGUUCCACUGGCUUAAUAAGUUCUGUUUCUCAUGGCCUUAUGACAAUCUGAGAUGUACUCCAGUCACUAGCUGAGAGCGAUUUGACUUGGUUGUUUCUUAUAAACAUGCCGUUCUGUGGAAUUUUUAGAUGGCCUAGAUAAUUUGUAGUAUAAGACAUUAAGACGAGAAGGUUGUAUCACAAUGACUUCUUUGUGGUUUUAUUUAACCUUGUCUCAUCCUUGUCCAAGCAUUUUGUUGGUUAAGCCAUGGCGGGAUAAAAGUUAUUUAAUCUUCAUCCAUGACAUUUGUUAUUUUGUUUUGUGAAAAUUGUUAAAUAUGUUAUGAAUUUGUA